CUGAUAGAAACUGGUAAGUCUUUGAGACAGAGGUACUGUGAUGCCCUUAAGAGCAGCAGCAUUUCAAUCUGUGUGGUUGUAAUUCUUAUUAGCUGUUCCAGUGUUCUCCCUAGAACGUGUGUUCUGAACUGUGGAUAUGAACAUCUGGUGGGAACAGUUUAAAAUAAUUUUAGAAGUUGAAAAAAAGCUGUUCUAUUACUUCUAAUGACAGAAAUUCUAGGGAGUUAAUUUUACGUGGUUUGAGACUUGCUCUAAGAAGCCAAAUGCUGCUUUUCCAUCUGUGAUUUAGCUCCCUGUAAACUCAGGAUAGGUUCAAAGAUGGGAAAAUGAGAUCUCUGGAUUUUAACUCUUUUUUUCACAUGCAUCUAUAAAGGGAUCUCACAGAAGCGUCAUCAAAUGGGGUAUUUCUUUUCAUGAUACUUUUGAUAACACAAGCUUUUCAAUGUGGCCAACUUCAGAAACCUGACUAGAGUGGACAAGGAAAUUAGCUGCCUUAUCUAAUACUCUGUGCUCCUGGACAGUGGCUGCUGUUCUGGCUUCUCUUAUCUCCUGAAGAACUGCGGAGAGUGCUUGAAUUGGGAGGUGCGAGUACCACCCUCUCCUUUAAACAACAACAAAGAUGUUUAGUUUGUUUUUUAAAGACGUGGUAGGAAGGAGAAGCUUCUGGGUCUUUCCUUAUUUUGUGAAUUUGCAGAAAGUAUGGCUAGGAGAAGAUGAACUCAAUAUACACUUAUCCAAAAAGAUGUGGAGGAGCAGAAUUUCAGAUUUUAUUGUUCAUUGCAGGCUCAUGAGUGUGUCUCAGUGCAUAUGCGCUGUGUUAUUUUGCUUUACAGCACAUAGUACUUUUCAGACUAUGUGGGAGCGAAUCAAGAAGUUGAGGAGUUUGACCAGGAAUAUGCAAGUUACAUCUCUCAGAUAAUUAAUUUUUCUGUAUUUUCUUACAUAUCCUCUUUAACUUUGUUUAUGGGAGAUAUUUCCAUUCUAAGUGAGUAUUUUCUUGUACAUUACUAUUGUUAAUAUUUCUUUCAAUUACAGGAAAAGUAUGCAAGCUAUUAGAAAAAGUACCUUCCAGAAUAGAUAUUUAUCCCCCUGGUCUUGGCCUUGUAGCAGCUAAUUGAUUUUUCAGUUCUGUCUUACCCGGUUUUGGAUCUGAAUGUUGGCUUUCUGUCUUUAUCGAGUGACCGUAUCAGAACUUGGCUCUGGAUCUACUACAUUUAUACCAGAUCUGUAUUCAGAUGAUUUUGAUGGGCCAGGCUGGUCUGUGUAUUGAUUCAUUGGCAGCAUUUCCAUCUGCUGUACACACAAAGUUCUGGUCUGCUUCAAAGCAAUUCUUUUGGAGCGAAUUCUUCUAGCACCGUAAGAGGUUGUCAUUUAUGAUUCUUUAUUCUCUGGCAUGAGACAUUACAUGUGAACCUUCACUCUGUGAAAUGGUGACAAAAGAUCUUGGUGAAGUGAACCAUUCAGUUUCUCUUUACCUUUAGUGAGCAAAGUUUUCAAAGACAGCCAUACUAAGUCCCACUCUGGAAAGUCAUUCAGUGGGAAGGAGGCUUCCCCCCACCUCUGUUUGCAUGUACAAUAUGAAAAAGGAGGCAAUCUUGCGAUGCUCGGCCUAUUACAAGUAUAUUAAGCUCACUGGAAGUGUAAAAUACAGUCUCCGGUUCAGUUGCUUGUGAUUUGUUAGUGAUGGUAAAAUUAAUUUCCUCCAAAAAAAAAAAAAAGCUUAUUUCUUUUAUAUGAAUCACUUCUGGGAGGGAAGAUAUUUUUGUGCUUUUUUGGAAAUAGUGUCAGGCUUUGGUUAGGCUUUUUGGGUUUCCUUAUUUUGGGAAUUAGUCUUAUAAAAGUUGAAAACAUUAUUGAGUUUACUACAACGAGACGUGUUCUCAGUGAACAAAGUUGAAGUAGUUAGCUCCAUACUGAAGGGUCAGUGAAAAGAGUUUUGUUGAAAGGUUUCUUGGAAAUCUCAACUCCCGUGAAAAUGAGGAGGUUAGAUUUUCUGCACCUACCUAGAAGGAAAAAAAGUAUUUUGGCAUCUGAUUUCCAAGUCUGCGCCCCAGAGGUAUGUAUGAGGGCUUUGCUGCUAGGAGAACACCCAGACCUUGUUGAUACCAGGAUUGAUAUGUGGCUGCCUGCUGUUUCCCGUGGAGAUCAUGAAACGACGUCGGCUUCCUAGCAGCAGUGAGGAUUCUGACGACAAUGGCAGUCUGUCCACCUGGUCCCAGCAUUCCAGAUCUCGACAUCGGAGGACUUCAUGUUCCAGACAUGAAGAUCGAAAACCUUCUGAGGUGUUCAGAACGGACCUGAUCACUGCCAUGAAGUUACAUGACUCCUUCCAGCUGAACCCUGAUGAAUACUAUGUGCUGGCAGACCCCUGGAGGCAGGAGUGGGAAAAGGGAGUUCAGGUGCCAGUUAGCCCAGGGACCAUCCCAGAACCAGUAGCCAGGAUUGUGUCCGAGACGAAAGCUGUCACGUUUACACGUCCCAGGAAGUACAUUGUUUCAUCAGGUUCAGAGCCUCCAGAGCUGGGCUAUGUUGACAUUCGAACCUUAGCAGACAGCGUGUGUCGCUACGAUCUCAAUGAGGUGGAUGUAGCAUGGUUGCAGCUUGCCAAUGAAGAAUUCAAAGAAAUGGGGAUGCCUGAGCUGGAUGAGUACACGAUGGAAAGGGUCAUAGAGGAGUUUGAACAACGAUGCUAUGACAACAUGAGUCAUGCUAUUGAGACGGAAGAAGGACUUGGGAUUGAAUAUGAUGAAGACGUUGUCUGUGAUGUCUGUCAGUCUCCAGAUGGAGAAGAUGGCAAUGAAAUGGUGUUUUGUGACAAAUGCAAUAUUUGCGUGCACCAGGCCUGUUACGGGAUCCUGAAGGUGCCGGAAGGCAGCUGGCUGUGCAGGACCUGCGCGCUUGGCGUUCAGCCCAAGUGUUUGCUGUGUCCCAAGAAGGGUGGUGCCAUGAAGCCGACCCGCAGUGGCACCAAGUGGGUCCACGUUAGUUGUGCUCUGUGGAUUCCAGAGGUGAGCAUUGGAAGCCCAGAAAAAAUGGAGCCCAUCACAAAGGUUUCUCACAUUCCCAGCAGUAGGUGGGCACUGGUGUGCAGCCUUUGUAAUGAAAAAGUUGGAGCUUCUAUACAGUGUUCAGUGAAGAACUGCAGAACAGCCUUUCACGUCACCUGUGCAUUUGACCGUGGCUUGGAGAUGAAGACCAUACUGGCAGAGAACGAUGAGGUGAAAUUUAAGUCUUACUGUCCCAAGCACAGCUCCACCAAGAAAACGGAUGAUGAGACUUUCAGUGAAAGUCCAGGUCAGGAGAACGGGAACGGGAUUCAGGACAGCUCUCUUCCUGCCCACAUCGAUCCUUUCCACAGCAUGGAUCAAAACCAGGAGGAGGCCCACAGGGUCAGCCUCCGCAAGCAGAAGCUCCAGCAGCUGGAGGAUGAGUUCUAUACAUUUGUUGAGUCUUUGGAAGUGGCUAAAGCGCUGCGGCUGCCUGAGGAGCCAGUGGGAUUCCUUUACCAGUACUGGAAGCUGAAGAGAAAAGCCAACUUCAAUAAGCCUUUGAUUACCCCAAAGAAGGAUGAAGAGGACAAUCUGGCUAAACGGGAACAGGAUGUUCUGUUCAGAAGACUGCAGCUCUUCACACACCUCCGGCAGGAUCUGGAGCGGGUGCGUAAUCUCACUUACAUGGUGACCCGAAGGGAAAAAAUCAAGAGAUCUGUUUGCAAAGUUCAAGAGCAGAUAUUUAAUAUCUACGCAAAGCAGCUGGAACAAGAAAGAGUUUCAGGUGUGCCUUCCUCAUUCUCCUCAAUGGAAAACACGGUGUUGUUCAAUAGUCCAUCUUUAGGCCCCAAUGCCCCCAAGAUAGAGGAUUUGAAAUGGCAUUCGGCAUUCUUCAGGAAACAAAUGGGCACAUCUCUAAGCCACUCUUUGAAAAAACCACACAAGAGAGACCGAGUAAGAAACAGCUCUGGGAACAACAGCAAAUCCAUGCUGCGGCAGCCCAGCCAAAGGGAAGGCGGUGCAGCUCCAGGUAGCUUUUUAAAUUUUGACAAGACCUUUGCAGAAACACGGCUUGUAUCAGCACAGCAGAAAAAUGGCACAGUUAUACCAGACCACAGAAAAAGAAGAGACAAUCGUCCCCAGUGCGAGGUGAUCAAGGGAGAGCUAAAGGAAAAGACUUCUAAACACAACCACAAACCACUGAGACCCACAGAACUCUCUCAGAGGCAAUCAGAAAAUAAAAGGGCUGUGAACCACUCCGGUGGUAGGUCAGCACCUGGCACGCGGAGGGAUAUAGUGCCUAAAUGCAAUGGGGGGCUUGUCAAAGUAAACUCUACUCAGACAGUAGUUAAAGUGCCUACGACGCCCACGAGCCCAGUGAAAAACUGGGGCGGAUUCCGAAUUCCAAAGAAGGGGGAGAGGCAACAGCAGGGCGAGAGCCCGGAGGAGACCUGCCGCCAGAACUCCAGCUACCCCUACCUGGGCGUGGGCAGAGUUUCACCGAAGGACAGGCCAAAAAGCAAGCUAAAGCCUGACAGUGAGAAUGAUGGGUACAUCCCGGAUGUCGAAAUGAGCGACUCAGAGACUGAAGUGGCUGAAAAAAAGUGCAGGCAGCAGAGGCUCAGUCCAAACAGCACUAUCAGCAGAAGGACGGACAUUAUUAGGCGAAGUAUCCUGGCAUCCUGACUGGACACAGGGACACGGUGUCAGCACCGUGAGUCCAUAAUCUUCAUACACGUGUUCCACUGGAAGAAGAACAUGAGGUUCUUACCUGUGGAUCUUCAAGACAAGACCACUGAAUGUACAUUCACACUACAAACUGCCUAUAGUCAAGCAAUGCUGACAGAGAACGUUUGCUGCUCUAGCAGGAUCUCUAGGACACAAGGCGUGAAGGGCAGAGUAGGUCCUUUCCUCUUGCUUCCUCGAAACUCAAGAUAUGGAAACAUGGAACAGACUUGGAGCAGAGCAGGAACAGGACAAGGUUGUGAAGGCAUUUGUCUAGCAAUACAGCUUGAAAAACAGCUAUGGGUAAAUAAUGUUUCUCAGAUCUGUACUUGUAUCACAUACAUUCCCGUUGUGGGCAGCUGUGAGUGGCACCCCUCAAAAACAUAUUUCAAAGAAUAAAGAUUAAAGGAUGGCCCUCCUAAGAGAUACUAGUACAAGCUCUUCCAGGUGUGAAUAGAAGUCCAAAAGAGGUUCUUGCAGCUGCUUUGUAGAUAUUGCUGACAACAGCCUUUCUGACAGGCACUGCAGGGCUGGGGUUACUGAGUAAGAGUGGGUCAGAGCUGAGUACAGCUUGGUAACCACUGCAGUAGACUAUGAAAAAGUUUCUCAUAUGCAGUGAUAGCUGUUUCAAGAUCCAGCCUAUGCCAGAAGGUGUGUGGGGCCCUUGGGAAGGCCCAAAAUGAAACUGUACUACCUUCAUAGUCAGAUUAUCUAUCUAUCAUCUCACCUGUUGAAUGGAACUAACUAACUAUUCACCUAAAAACUUUACCUAAGUAAAGACAGUCAAGAACAAAGUUUAACUCAUUGGGGAGCAUUGAUAUCACACUAGGGAAUCUUUAAAACACUCAAAAACUGGUGUUGGGGUGGGAAAGGAAGGUAGGGGAAACAAACACUUUCCAAUGGAAGAGUGACAAGAAAUAACCUAAGAUAGAAACAGAUGUAGAAUAGCCAAGACAGAUGAUUGAAAAGCCUGCUGCUCCAUUCCAUGAAACAAUCUAGCAUCGUGAGGGAAAGAGCAAAACUUACCUAACCAGCAAGCCUCAGAUUUUAAUUGCCUCAGCAAGUGCCUUUCCUCUGAAAGUCCAGCUUGGGAGCAGCACGCCAGCAGCCUCCUCUAGACGCCAAACGGAAAUGAAAGGAGGUGGUGGCAAGAUGAUGAGCUUCACUUGACCACAUUCCGUUCCGUGGUUCAGACAGAUGUGUUUGGUCAUUUUUUAGCUGCUCAGAGGAUCAGGCAGACAGGAGGGAAGUCUUUUUCUUUCCUGUGUCAUCUGCCGUAAUUGCUCUGCUGCCCCUUAACUUUACUACUAGGUGCUUUUGUCAUCACUGCAGUUCAUAUUCUGGCAAGUAACCAUUACACAAGAGCCACACCAUAAGCUGAAAUGAAUAUACCCACAACUAAAAGGGAACCAGGCAGGUGCCCUUCUGUGCCUCAAGGAACAAAAACACAAAUACUGUUCCUGCCGUUUUUCAGCCAGGCUUCACUUCACAGCUAGAGCCUCUCUUUAAGAGGUGAAUGGGAUUAAUAGCUCACAGAAAAUCUUCCAGGUGGUCUGUCAUCAUCUCAGAUGUGCAUUAUGCAAAUUAAAAUAAGGUUCUUGGUACUUACCUCCCUCUGUAUCACAUACACAGUUGAUUGAUGAAAGUCUCACUGCAGCAGACGUUUGGAGCUGCUGGACAAUGUAUCCAUGUUGCUUUGAAAAAAAUCUUUGAAGUCUUUUUAGCAAAAUUGGAGAUUGUAAUGGAUACAGGCAUGUAUCAAACUGAGAAAGCACCAGUAAAGAAGCACGUGUGUGUGUGUGUGUACAACUGUAGAAAAUAGUAACUUCCUCUGCGGUAAGCAGAAAUUUUUCUUGAGGUUGCAUCCAUCUUGCAGGCUGUACUUGAACAGCCAUGUUUUCAGGAGGUGGCACAAACUCUUACUUUCUCCAUGUGGUGAUCAACCCAGGUCUGUCCUCUAAAAUGCAAAUGGGGUGAAGAUCCACUGCGACAGACCUAUGGGCUUCUUAGUCCAAAACAACAGUUUUCACCAAGCACCGGGUAAGCAUUAUCCAUCAACUGAGGUAGAAGUUACAAACUAGAGCUAUAC